UGGGGAGAUAAAAAGACGGAAUCUGACGAUGGCGAAUUGGCGAUAAGGAUGAAGAAUCGAUGGUGGAAUAAGCUUCAGUUUGGUUUUGUGGGGCUUUGACGUGUGGUUUUUUGUUUGGACAGGAAGUCAGGAAGAGUAGCGUGGAAGGAAUGGUCAAAGGGUCGGCGGGGUUUUAUGGGCGAACGACGGGGGACGAGAGAAAGAGAUGGCGGCGGCGGGAAAUCCUCUGGUGGCGAUUUCUGGGCAGCUUCGAAGUUCAAGAAGAAGAGUAAGGGUAAAAGGGCAGCUGCAGCAACAAAGAAACAGGAAGCAAAGAAGAAGAGGAAAGCUGAGGAUGAAAUGCCAUCAGAGAAAGCUGCAAAUCAAACCAACGAACAAGGGGAAGAGAAUACCAACGAUGAUAAUAAUGCUUCUGAUGAUGGUAAUGAGUAAUUAUGACUAGUGCAAGUUUUACUGCACAUUACUUGCUGUUAUGCUUGAAGAUGUCUGUUCAUUGAAUCUGAUAACGUGUUCUCGAGAUCGAGGAAGUUGUAGGUGCUGUUUAUUGCUUUCAACGAGAU